AUGACACAAUUUCGAGCAUUGACUAGGAAAUUUGAAGAAGUAGACAUGCAACAUUUAUGGUUCUUCUUCUGUUUUCUUCAUCUUGGCCAUAUGACUGACCUUGAUCAGAAAUGCGGUGAAAACAGUUGUUGUUCAGGGUUCUAUUUUGAUUCGUCUGGGGAUUGUGUAGCUUGCCUACUGGGCUAUUAUGGAGUAAAUUGUUCUUUUCCCUGUCCGAACGGUUACUAUGGAGACGGAUGUCGAAAAAUUUGUGAUUGCCCUCAAGAAAUGUGCAAUGCAACAUUUGGCUGCAAAAGGUCGUUUGAUGAGAGUUACCUAGACCCAUGGCCGGUAACACUUCCAACGAUUAUCCUUACCGUCCUUGGACUUCUCAUUUUGUUCAUCCUUUUCGGCACUCUCAUAGUGUUAAAAAUGAGACAAAAUACACAACUGGAAAACUCGCGAGUAAAGUUAAAAACCAGUGACGUCACAUCGCCUUACGAGAAAGACUUACCAGUGGCAGACCUGUGUGGUCCAGUCGAUUUUCCUCCAUUUCAAGAAAAUGAAAACGUCACCGACUCACAAGAAAAAAUUCCUAUGUAUGACACAUGUUUUUGA